UAUUGGGAACUCAACCACUAAGAAGUCUUAGAUUAAUUAUAUUAUUCUCUCAUGGCUUGCGACAAGAGUUUCUCUACCAAUUACUUGCUGUUGGAACCCAAGGAUGUGGGUUUCUUUGAUCUGAUUCACAUCUUGUUCUCCAAUAACUUGGAGAGGAGAAGGUUCGUUGACUCUUUUGAGCAGACCGAGGAUGAGUUUGCGCGCAGAUGGCUCAUAUUUCUCUCCGUUGUUGUCCAAAAGUUGCUGCAAUUGGUGGCAAAGCCAAUGGCAAUUAUUGGCUGGGGGAUUGAAACGUGCUUGAACCUCUUUUCAAGUAACCGCAACUUGGUUGGCCUCCUGCUGGAUCUCUUUCGAGGUGAGGAUAUAAUACCCAAAAAAGACUCAAGAACGUUCUUGUCGUUUGUUGGAAAUUUGGACAAGCGAGUGGAGUUGGACAAAAGAAUCAAACGUGGAGAUGGCAAUUAUAAUGCAGCACUCAGUAUGAUGGCGUCUAAAAUAUCAUAUGAGAACAAAUUCUACAUCCAAACUGCGGUCCAGGAUCACUGGAAGAUGGAGUUCUUGGGCUCUUACGACUUCUGGAAUGAUUAUCAAGGAAAAGCCACAACACAAGCGUUUGUGCUACGUGACAGAAGUGCUGACCAUGACACUAUUGUUGUGGCCUUUAGAGGUACAGAAGCUUUUGAUGCGGAUGCAUGGUGCACUGACGUUGACAUCUCUUGGUAUGAGCUCCAAGGGGUUGGAAAGAUCCAUGGAGGCUUUAUGAAAGCACUUGGAUUGCAGAAGAGUGUUGGUUGGCCCGAGCCGGAGGAAAUCAAACAAGAUGAUAGCCACCCAGCCUUUGCUUACUAUGCCAUUAGGGAUAUGCUGAAGAAACUUGUGCUUGAAAAUGACAAAGCAAGAUUUAUUGUAACUGGGCACAGUUUAGGUGGGGCACUAGCAAUUCUCUUUCCGGCAGUUUUAACAUUUCACAAGGGAGAGGAUUCAGAUCUGCUGUUGGAGAGAUUGGAGGGAGUUUAUACAUUUGGACAACCUAGGGUUGGAGAUGAGAGAUUUGGGCAGUACAUGGAAAACAAGUUGAAAGAGCAUAGGGUUAAGUAUUUUAGGUUUGUCUAUGCUAAUGACAUGGUGCCCAGGUUGCCUUAUGAUGACCGGUCCCUAAUGUUCAAGCACUUUGGGACAUGCCUCUACUAUAAUAGGGAAUAUGAAGUUCAGGUUGUUCGAGAAGAGCCAAACAAGAAUUACUUCUCCCUAGGGAGUGCUAUUCCCAUGAUGAUGAAUGCUUUUGGUGAGCUGAUAAGAAGUUUCAUCAUUCCAAUUAAGGAGGGACCCGAUUACAUAGAAGGGCCCUUCUUGAAAUUGGUUAGGCUAAUCGGUUUGGUAAUACCAGGAGCAGCAGCACAUUGUCCCCAAGAUUAUGUAAAUUCCACCAGAUUGGGAUCCUCAAAAGUCUUCCUCCCGCCCAACCAUUACAUAUGAAACUAAAAUAUGCAUGUCUAGUCCUGCAUGCCUACAAUUCUAAGCAGGAUUGCAAUUUCCCCAUUUAUUUUAAGUACAUAUCAAACUUCAAAUUCCUUAUCUUAAUCUUGCUCCUUAUAUUUUCUCUACCAA